AUGAGGGCAGCACAGAAACGAAAACGGGUAAUCACGAGCUCUGACGAGGAAGAUGGAGAUGAAGGUACGUCAAGUGCAGUGUCAAAAACGCCUUUUUCGGUGUUAACUGAAAGAAAUGGAAAAAGUAUCCAAGUAAAAGGGCCACCGCAGCAUGUUCUCAAUUUGCUCAAGGACUAUUUCGGUCACUCCUCCUUUCGCCCUAUGCAGUGGGAUAUCGUAAAAAAUGCACUUGAUGGCAAAGAUCAGCUCGUCUUGAUGUCUACCGGUUACGGUAAAAGUGUAUGUUAUCAACUGCCUGGACUAAUAACUAAUUCUUUAACACUGGUCAUUUCCCCGUUGAUCUCACUGAUGAACGAUCAAGUUAGGACACUGUCAUUGAAUGGUACCGCUGCAUGUCUACUAAGCGGAACAACCAGUCACAAAGAAAAGGAUAGCAUCAUGUUGGCUAUCAGCGAAGAUACGCUAAGGUUAGUGUCGGCCCAGAAUUUGAAAUUAUCUUGGAGGAACGUAUUAGGUUAGAG